AACGCCAUGUUUACUGCAAGACUAGGACAAAUCGAGUGCUUUAACUAGGCCCUAAGAUACAUUUUUUUUGCCCUGGUUUAAGGCAGAAUAUAGAAGAAUAUACAUAUUCUAGGCAAUGUGACCGAUGCAGUUCAGUUUCAGCGUCGUUUGAAGCUAUCUCAGAUCGAUUUUGACAGUUCUUCGGGGCAACAGAGGCUGUUCUCUGCUCUUUGUAGCCAUGGAGACCAUGGAGGUGUAUGAGGAGACUGAUCGGAGGAUGACAGAGGAGGUGGAGAGCUGCUACACCCUCAUGGAGGUCACCUCUCCCAAGAAGAGGAAGAAGAACAAGGCUCAGCAGGGAGAGAUCAUGGAGAAACCCAAAAAACCCAGAUCAGCCUACCUGCUGUACUACUUUGACGUGCACCAGACCAUGCAGCAGGAGUUCCCCAACCUGCCCCAGUCUGAGAUCAACAAGCGCAUCAGUGUGAGCUGGAAGAGGCUCAACGUGGCAGACAAGGGCUACUACCUGGAGAAGGCCAAGCUGGAGAAGGAAGGGACAGACAUGUCAUCUAUGGGCCCUUGCCAGGAGCUCCCAGGCUUCCGUAGGAUCCUCCCCAGGUCCAACUACGUCCUCCUGCCCAAGGGGACCAUGACAGACAACAGGACAGGGUCCCAGCUGGAGGUGUGUAUGGAGGGUCUGGACUCUCCCGUGGGGGAAGGAGUGAUGCCCUCCCUGUCCCUUGGUACCCCCCAGUACCCUCCCCUUGUGCUGGGCUGCGAGGUGGAGCUGUCGGAGCAGUGCAUCGCCAUCGAUGGCCUGACAGACGAGGAGGCUGUGACCCUGACACACUCCGGGGCCCUGCAGGGGGUCCUCUCCUCAUCGUAUCACUCCUCUUCCUCUGCAUCCCACGACUCCCAUAAUGCACCUCACCUGGCGGCAGCCGGUCUGCUGCUCAAGGAGGAGGAGCCGAGGAUGGUGGGCGGGGGCUAUAGUGUCAUUGGAAUGGCGACUGACGGGGGACGUGUGGGCGGGACGGUGGUGCAGCACGUGAAAACAGAGCUGGUCACCAUCAUACCCAAUCAGGAUCUGAUGGAGCACAGGACGUUGCCAGGCGCCAGCUCUGUAGCCUCUGUUGUCAUGGUACCUGUAGGAGCCAGAGUGGUACGGGACACUAAACCCUCAUACAAACUGUCGAAAAAGUACACCAGAAGAGGCCGGGGCAGCUGUCAGACAGCGGGCUGUUCCUUCGUCUACGUGACCCGUCACAAACCCCCCUUCUGCCCUGACUGUGGCAACCACCUGGGGGGCAAGUGGGUGCCCGCUGCGAAGAAGUCUUCAGUGAAAGGUGCUGCUCCUUCAUCCAAGACUUCUCCCCAGAAACCACCAACCAACCCUGGGGACACCCAUGAGACUAGUGUGCCUCCCUCUGAUGAUCAGAACAGUACGGUGUCUGGAGGGCGGAAGGGAGGGAGAGGACCGCGGGAGUCUAGAGGACAAGCGCAGCAGCGUGCAGUUACAUCAGAACCACCACUAGAGGGAGGCAGAGCCAACAGCCAGGGACCCAUACAGCCUGCUCCAGCAGGGUCAGGGACACAGACAACUACUAUGAUAGCUUUGGUUGGAACACCUGUCACCGGUGCCAGGAUCAAAGUUCAGGAAAGGAGCAGUGUGAUUGGUCAAAAGCGACCUGUGAGAGCCAUCCUCCCUGCCCCAUUCAACACAGGCCGGGCCUUAGUCCAGUGGAUUACUGUCCCUCCUCAUAAAGGCAAUGUUGAGAAGACCAACAGCAGCAAAGCAACCACAGAGCUCAGUGAGAAGAUGGCAGGUUUGAAGCCUAACACUCUGAAACAGCUCGGCCAGAUCGUGACAACAACGCCUCUGGAACAGACUCCCCCUACUCCUGUGGACAGAAGCCAGUACAUUGUGACUGAUAAAGUAGGGAAGAUUCUCUCAGUGGUUCCUCUCAAACAGAACUCUACCGCCACACUGGACCUGGGUCUGUCUACGGCGCGGGGCAGGGGUCGCUGUAAGAACCCGUCAUGUGGCUAUGUCUAUAAGAACAGACACAAGCCUCCUGAGUGCCCCUGCUGUGGCUGGGAGCUGUCCAGAAAGAACGCCAAGGGCUCCAAGCUACAGGGUGGUUCAGUAGCUCUUUUAGACCCGUACCGGACCCUGUCCCCAGCCCAGAGGGAGCUACAGCGCCAGUCCACCCUGCAGCUGCUGCGUCAGGCCCUGCAGAUCCCUGAAAGUGAGGCUGAGCUCCAUGACACCCUGGCCCUCAUCCAGGAGCUCAACUCCACCCAGGUGGUCCUCACCACCAACCAGGCUGGGAACCAGGUGUUAGGGGAAGGGGAGGACCAGGGAGGCCUGGGGGAGGUACAGGUUCAGUCAGGCUGGCCGCGGUUCUUUGAGUCUGCAGCCACACACUGUGCUCUGUGUCACUACCCGCUGUUCAAGGGAGGACAGAGUUCUUUAGCAGGGCAGGAGGACUGCUGGCUGUUGACUGACUCUCUGAUCCAGACAGCCUCUCUCCAGCUGAAGGUGUGUCUCAACCCCCAGUGUAUGGCCCUGCACAGCUUCACCGACCUCCACCCAGGUCUGUUCAAUGUUGGCAACAGGUUGCUGGUGAGUCUGGACCUGUUCUUUAAGAUCCGGAGUCAGGUCAGACUGGGCCGGCAUCCUAACCAGACAGUCAGGACCAUCCUGGACAACAUCCACAUCCACCCUGUCCACAAUCUGAGUCCUGAGGAGUUGGCCCAUGUCCAGGAGCUGCUGGUUAGUGGCUACUGGGCCUUUGAGUGUCUGACGGUGAGGGACUACAACGACAUGAUCUGUGGUGUGUGUGGCAUUGCCCCCAAGAUGGAGAUCGCCCAGCGGUACACACACAACGUGCUGGAGCUCAGGAAUGUGGAGUUUACGUGGCCAGACUUCGGGGCUCCAGACGAGGUGCAUGUGGAUGACUUCUGGCUGACCAUGGAGAGUGAGGCCAUCGAGCAGGCAGCGUUCCCCUGCAGCGUCCCCAUCACCCGGGUCGACGCCUCCAUCAUUGCCCCCUUCCUCCCCCCACUGAUGAGGAGCUCCACUGUCAUCAACACAGAGAAGGACAAGGCCCUGCUCCUCACACAGCACACAGGUGACCCGUCAGUUCUGGUGCGUCUGAUCCACGAGGGCCAGCUCAGACCGGACCGUAUGGACGAGCACAGUGCAGAGGAGCUCAAAGCCAUACUGGACUGCUGUGGAGAGAUAACUGCACCUGAGAGCAACAAGGAUGAGUUGCUGGUCUCUCUGAUCUCCCUGUGUACGUGUGUUCAGAACGGCCUCUCCACGGCCCCUCAGCCCCCUCCACACCUCACAGCAGGCAAGCUGUCCAAGAUCUGCCCCCAUCAGGUGGUGUGUGGUUCUAAGUACCUGGUGAAAGGUGAGACGGCGCGGGACCACGUGGACCUGCUGGUGUCCUCCCGGUACUGGCCUCCCGUCUACGUUACCGACUCUGCCCGCCAGGUGGCGCUGUGUACAGACGUGCAGUACCCUGAGCUGGCCUCCACCAUGUGGGGCAGGAACCAGGGCUGCUUCUCUGACCCAAUGGACAAACCAGAGUUUGUGUCAUGUGCUGAGCUACAGGACCAGCCUUACAGUGCUGACCUGUCCUCCGUGGUGGAGAACCCCCAGGUCCACCCUGUCACCAAGUCCUCUUCCCGCUGGAUAGUGCACCCUGCUGGGCCUACAGAUGUCCAGGAGCCCCGCUGUCUGAACCACCACUCCAUGGGGCUCUGCAAGGAGCUGGAACCUUACUGCAGCCUGGUACAAGACCUGGAGAGAGACGACAAUGAAGAAGAGAAUGAAGGGAAGGUGGGGAGGAAGGAUGGGGUCAAGGUUGAAGCCGAGGUAACAGAAGGGUCAGAGGUUACUGAGGAGGAGUGUUCUGAGGGUUUGGUGACAUCAUUGCGGCGGCGGCCUUUGGCCUUUGACAACACAGCCUACUACUACCUGUACAACCGUCUGCAUGACUUCCUGUCCAGCAGGGAGGUGGUGGACCAGCAGAUCAGCACGGUGCUGAAGGCCUGCCAGCCUGGGGAGGUGGUGAUCAGGGAUGCCCUCUAUAGGCUGGGGGUGGCACAGAUCAACACCCAGGAAGAGGAAGGGGAGGAGGGGGAAGGAGACGGGGGAGUGGAGGGGGAAGGAGACGAGGGGGAAGGAGACGGGGGGAGACACUUGCCUGAGCUCCUAUUGGAGGGGUGGCUCCUAAUGUCAGGACUGUUCUAUCAUCCACACUCAGCUGCUUGA